AUGUUGGUGGUGACACCGACCGUGGUGCUGUCUGCCUGCCUGUGUGGCGUCGGGCGUCCCAACUUUCAUGUUUGCAAGGCAUUGACCGACAUUGGUCACGCAAAACAACACUCGAGUGUCAUGAUUCUUGACAUGGCGAUAUUUGGUGCCGCGCAGUCUGGCCUGAUCGCCUACGCAGAUGAACAACCAGAGGCACACCCACCUGCCGACUUCGAUACUACAACAGCCUUUACGCAUUUAUCGUUGGAGAAGCACAUUUCAGGAAGAAAACUCACAGUUGAUACCUGUCUCGCCCACUUGAGACUCCUCCACGCCAUCCACAACUUGAAGGAGGAAGUGGGCUACUCUGACGGUCUUUUCGGCUUGUACGACAAUUUCGCGGACGAUGUUGCUGCUGUACUAGACUUGGAUGCCAUCCUUGCUAUGAAGGGAAUCGUGAUUGAAGAUGCGAAAAAAUUAAAGCUUGCUCUGAACAAGAUCCGUGAAAAGGGAUGGUCAAUGAUUGUCGCUCGUGCAGUUGAUCGAAAUGAGACCUGGUGGAUGGUCUUUCGAGGCCAAAAUUAUCUCACAGAGGACAUGAUGCGCGAACCUGCAUCAGAAUUGUACUCCAACUUUCCGAUACUAUGUAAAGACCCUCGAGGACUUGGACAAGACAUGCCUCCGCCUCUAGAGGGUGUGCUCUGGCCUCUUGCCAAUGAGGCAAUCGACACAAACUUCGACUACUCCGUCUCUGAAGGUCGCCAAAACCGUUGGAUGCAGGCAACCGGUCGAUGCUGGGCCAUUGCCGACGAUCCCGUGGUCAAGAUCAUCAAGUGCCCUCACUGCAAGUCUCCCAACCAUAUUCCGUGGACAACCUGGGGAGACGAAGAAAAGACCAACAGGGAAGAUGGAUUAUCCGGUCUUGUUGGUAGUGGGAUAUGGGGACGGCCUUGUCUAUUCCUCGACUUGCGAAUCAAAAUCCAAGAUAUCUUCAAGUCUCACAGAGACCCAACGAUGGAGACGGUCAAACCUCUUGUCGAAGGAGUAUUGCGUGACCCGGACCGACACUGUCGCAUAGACUCAUUGCCCCCCGGUUCGAGGCUUCUGACCGAGAUUCCUCCAACGUCUCAAACCCGCGUUCAGAAGAUGAUCAGUCAAUACUGGAAGAAUUUCUCGGCAUUCGCCUUGGACUUGUGCGGAGCCGUGAUGCGCCAGGGCCUUUUUGUCGACAAGAUGGUCAAGCUGGAUUGGCUUCACAGCCCCUCGGCACGAGAUACAAUGGCGCGACUUAUCACAAAAUACCAUAAUUGCAUGAAGUUGAUGGAGCUUCAUCCAAAACAAGUUGCUGUCUCUACGCUGGAUGUUGACCUUGCCUGCGAAUGCACUUGUUGGUACUGCGAAGCCACCCGUGCACCGCACGCGUCCUCCAGCUUCUGGCGCUCACUUUUUAGAACCUCGAGUGGUGAUAAAGUUGCAGAAGGAUUUCACCAAUCUGGAAGAGCCGGACGCUGUCCACCGGAUAACUCUGCUCACAACGCAGUUCGUUCCGUGGAAUGGUCUACAAAGAUGGCCUGGGCCAACCUUUGCCUUCAUCAACAAUACUUCCUUGAGAAAAACUACCAAAAGGCUGUGGAACGCGCCCAGAAAAGGGCCGUGAGCUUCCUCCGCCCAAGGACUAUUAUGACCAUUGGGGCUAUUCAUAUUUCACACCGGGGAUGGGAACCAGGCUAUGUCCACACAGGUGCCGGUGCUUGGGGACUGUGUGCCGCUGGAAGCUGCGGUAGAGGAGGCAUAGCGGCCGGACAGUGUGGGAAUGCUGUUUGGGGGGGAGCGGUGGUAGAGCAUGGUUACCAGAGCUGCGGAUCUGGAACUGGAGGCUGCGGUACUGGUUAUCCAUUGCGCAUCAGUUACUCUCACUGA